AUGCAUCAACAUAUAGCCCCAGUAUGGAGGGCUGGUGGGUAUGCUGCCAAUGCUCGCGAGAAAUCGAUUCCAAAAUGUGGGGCGGGUAUUGUCCCGAUUGCUCGCAUCCACACAACACCUGCUGCUCAGUUUCUUCACAGCAAGGAUGAAAUUAGAUACACCAUGUCAUCGAACAUGCUGGUUCAAAAGCGCUGUGUAGCAGAAUUGGAGGAGGAAGAAUGUUAG